GUAACAGGCCCAAUAAAAGGUAACGGGGGCCCAUAACGAAUAUCAAACCCAGAGCUCCAAGCCUAACAUGAAAACAAACUCCGAUCAAGACUCCUCAUGAAAACCCACAAUUGUUCACGAAUGUUCUAGCAAGUCUCACGAAAAUACUAGAAUGGUCCUCUGAUAACAUUAAAUACCCAAUCUAUCCCUCCUCCGGCAAAGCACACAGAGUGCCAAUAGCAAUUCGAAGAAGCUUUCUCAUCAACCACACAAUCCUAAUUUCUUUAACAGUCUUUCGUCGAACAUCAAAAUCGCAGCGAGAAUGUCGAUCAUCCCAAGUUUCUUCGGUGGCCGACAAAGCAGCGUCUUCGACCCCUUCAAGGAUUUCCCGUUCCUCACAUUUUUCGAACUUUCUCAGGAAAAUUCUGCGUUUGUGAACACCAGAAUCGACUGGAAGGAGACCCCAGAAGCCCAUGUGUUCAAGGCCGAUCUUCCGGGGCUGAAGAAGGAGGAAGUGAAGGUGGAGAUCGAAGAUGAUAGAGUUCUCCAGAUCAGCGGAGAGAGGAAUGUGGAGAAGGAAGACAAGAACGACACGUGGCAUAGGGUGGAGUGCAGCAACGGGAAGUUCAUGAGGAGAUUCAGGCUGCCGGAAAAUGUGAAGAUGGAGGAGGUGAAGGCGUCCAUGGAGAAUGAGGUUCUUACCGUGACUGUUCCAAAGGAGGAGGUCAAGAAGCCUGACGUUAAAGCGAUUGAAAUUUCGGGAUGAACUUGUAUCCGUUGGAUUGCUUUGGUCCUGAAAUAAAUAAAUAAAAGUGUUUAAUAAAUGUAAUAAUUUUUUUUUGUU